CAUUUUUUAAAUCAGAAAAGAUUGCAAUCACAGGGCUAUUAAUGAACUUCCAUACUGAGUCUGCUACUGUUACACUACUGUAAAAAUGAAUGAAUAUCAACUACCUUAUUUAUUACAAACAAGAAAUACUGUUCCCGCGACUGGGAUCCUCUACGGUUAGAAUUCAGCGAUUGAUUUCCGCUUAUAAAAUACACGUGACAGCAUAACACCGGUGCUAAUUUGCUUGGAGAGUUUUGGUUGUGCUCAAAUACAACAGAGUUGCAAGCAGUCUCGUCGUUUAACCUCAGAAACCUUUAUAUCAUUAAAUAAAUCCUUAUAUUCAAUUGAUUAAAAAUGUGUUAAUUGCAACAGCAGUACAGUUAUCAUUAUACUCAAUAGAACUAAGUUAUGUAUUUCGUUUGAAAUAUAUCAAAUAUUACAACAAAAUAGAUUUAUAUAUAAGAAAUGAGUGAAAUUGCACCAAUUAAUGAUGUGCCUGAAAGCAAUGGUGGGCCAGAUCAGCCCAUUUACAAUGGAGAAACCGAAGAACAUACCAACAAAUCACCAGCAAGUGGAGAGGAUAAGACACCAGAUUCUGUAUGUGAUAAUGGAAUUAAAAAGAAUAACACAUCUGUUGUGGGUAGUAAUGCUACUAAUACAACUAAUAGAGCUAAAAAGAGGAAAAAAGCACCUAGAGAUGCAACUGCUCCAAAGCAGCCAUUAACAGGUUAUUUUAGGUUUUUAAAUGAUCGAAGAGAAAAAGUAAGGAGUGAAAAUCCAACACUGUCAUUUGCUGAAAUCACAAAACUUCUUGCUUCUGAAUGGAGUAAUUUACCCACUGAUCAAAAGCAACAAUAUUUAGAUGCAGCAGAACAAGACAAAGAACGUUAUAAUCGUGAGUUUAGUGAUUAUAAGCAAACAGAAGCAUAUCGUUUGUUUAGUGAAAAACAAUCUUCAGAGAAACAACAAGAAAACAGAAAACAAGAAAGGAAUGGAACGGACCUGAACUCUGAGCAGAAUGAUAUUCAACAAGAUAAAGACAAUGACUUUACAGGCUUUGAUAUACCUAUUUUUACAGAAGAAUUUUUGGAUCAUAACAAAGCAUGUGAAGCAGAAUUAAGACAAUUGAGAAAAGCCACCUCAGAUUAUGAGGCUCAAAAUGCUGUUCUUCAGCGACAUGUAGAUAGUCUAUAUGCGGCGGUAAAUCGUUUAGAAUCUGAAACAAAUCAACAACGCACGACAAAUCAGGCUUUACAACGUCACUUAGACUCUCUUCGUUCACAAUUAGCUGGUUGUUUUGCCACAGUACCACUCCCAGGAACAAAUGAAGGUGCAACGUUACAAAAUAUUGAUAGUUACGUGGAAAGACUCGAAUCAUUAUUAAGUGGUAAUACCGAACAGUCUUUGCGAAAUGCUGUGCGUAAUGCCGUAUCUCGCCUCGAAUUAAGUGGAUGACGAUCGCCCCCCGGUAGUACAACUACUACAUCAAUAAAACAUCAUCGUUCAAGGCAUUCACAUCGAAAAUAAAAAAAAGUAAUUAUAUUCUUUUUUACAUAUUUUGUAAAAUAUAUAUAUAUAUAUUUUUUUUUAAGUUACAUAUGCUGCAUACGUUGACAAUGACAGUAUAUCUGUACCAUAUGUAACAAUAACUUUCUUCUUUCGUUUUAUGGUUUGAGAAUCAUCUGUUAUUUUUUAAGUGAAUGUAAUUUAUACGAUAUAAUUACUUAUAUGCAGUUACACAUACGAACAUAAGCUAUUCGUUUAUGUAAUUUACAUACAUAUGUAUAUGUACAUGUAUAAUUACUCUGUAGCAUAAUACCAAAGUAUCAUAAUGGUACUGCCGACUAUUUAUUAAUAAAUUUUUUAAACUUA